UUCAGUCAUUUCCAGCUCAGAUCUUAUCUUUUUAUCUUGCUCAGACACUUGGAUCUGACCUUUCCCAUGACCACGCUGUGAUGCGCGUCUGCACACACGGCCCGUUGACACAGACAGCAGGUGACAGUGAUUGACUGAUGUAUGGAAAGAGACAAUAUGUGCCUAAUCGAGGUUAUUAUCAGCUCAACGCGAACCGUGUCUACCAAGUCUAAAAUUCCAGGCAUUGGUCUUCUGAAGUAUACAGCUGCAUACUUGCUCGCUUCUUGAUGUGCACAGCUACCUGAUAGAUAUUGAGAAACACUGUUCAGGCCACCGAUGAAAGAUAUCCCAGAUCAGAAGAGAUACACUACGAGACGGUAUACAACUCAUGAUAUCAGCAGCAUGUCUGUCUGCCAUUGUUUUCAUCUCAAAGACGCUGUUGUUUCUGUCGAGGUCAUGAAGCGAGCCAAUGGCACAGCGUCAGCCAGCAAUGUGGGGGGUGGAUGGUGGGUGGUGGUACGUGCGGGGAGGAUGACCACAAGGAGGUUGGAGCGCAUUGCCCCGAGCAGCGCCUGUGUUUGUUGAUUUCUUUCUCUCCUCAUCCCGUGGAAAAUGCGCAAGACUUGCUGAGCACCAACGCCGCUUACCGCGCUGCACGUUCCGCUCCACCUGCACCUGCACCGCGCCGAACAGACAACCUCCAUAUCGAAUAGAUCGAGUAUCGCGUAUCCAGGUCGCCUUUGCGUCCAUCAUAUCUCCAUUGUCGCAACCAGGCAGGGUGUCCAUCUUGGUGUUUUGAGCUAGCUAGCCGACAGACCAAAGCAAAGCAAAGCAUUGCCUGUCGACGAAAGCGGUGGCAAUGGACUCGACCCACGAUCCUCUGUCGCUUGCCAAGGCGAGAAAGCGGCCACGGUCGCGAGGCUCAACAGCAUCCAUGCAUAGUCACACAACACAGCCCAAUAUCGAGCAUUCUUUUGCCGACAGUCAAGAUGUCUACGGUUCCUCACAGUGGAUGCCGGCCAGCGACCACCAGCACACCCACGGCCUGCCACAGCUGACCCCCGAGGACCUGCUGCUGGCGUCACAGCUCCAGACCGGCCGUGACUACGCCAACGAGCCACCACUCAACGCCUCGAUGCAGAGCGUCGCCUUCCACCACAGCCACAGCAUGAGCCGCCAGUCCAUCUCUGCCGACUCCUUUGCCGGCAACACCAGCUUCGACGACAGCCAGAUGUUGGACCGUGACGGGAACGACGACGGGGACUCGUUCAGCGGCUUGCAGCCACCUGCCAAACCAGGGUCGAGGUCGAGCGCAAACAACGAGAUGGAGAUGAGGCAGCUGUUCAAUGCCAGCAAGCACCGCACCUUGCAGGAUGUUGCCUUGGAGCUGCAUGGAAACGAGAGGGGCCCAAACUCGGAGCGGACAAGACAGGUGUUCGCGAUGCUUUGGAUUAACUCGGUGUGCUCCAAGGGGAAGGGCUCGGUACCAAGGGGGCGCGUGUAUGCCAACUACGCGUCGCGUUGUGCCACGGAGAGGAUCACGGUCUUGAACCCUGCCAGCUUUGGGAAGCUGGUCAGAGUUCUCUUUCCUGGGCUGAAGACAAGGCGAUUGGGGGUGCGCGGAGAGUCAAAGUAUCACUAUGUUGGCUUUAGCCUCAAAGAAGAGCUUCCCGAGCCAGAGGCUAAUAACACACAACAAACGGUACCUCUAGGUGACAAUAUGUCUUUCACGCAAAACUUCAACACGCUGCCUAACAACGACGUGUCGACGAGAUCAGAACGAACAGCGUUUCCCACGCCAGAUCUCGGGAGUCAACCAGGACUCAAGGCUCCUCGGUCUCGCGAGUUCCAGCACAGUCUCUACAACCAACCGCAGGUGUCCAGCUUCGACCAACUGCAACGGACGAUGGACAAGACGGCGAAACGGCUCAAAUUCUCCACCGACACGGGCGAGGCCUUUAAACAAUCAGAUCCGCUCAUACUUCCUAGGAUCGAACCAUUUUUACCAAGCGGCACAGAUGCGGACGCCGCCAAGUCUCUCACAGCCCUGUAUCGAUCACACUGCACAUCUCUUGUCGAAUGUAUCCGUUACUGCAAGGAAAAGACGUUUUUCCAUCUUUUUACUUCGUUCCAGGGCACCCUCACCAUGCCCGUCCAGAAGCUCUUUUCACACCAGGCCAUCGCGCCAUGGAUCGAGGAAUGUGACUUUAUCUUGUACCAGCGCAUGAUGCGGAUAGUCUCAGGCCUCACGCUGCAAGUGGUCCCCAAGCCCGUCCUCGACACGCUGAGGAGCAUAUCCGAGAGGCUUGUUCGUCACAUUAGAGAGUCGUUCCACGGCCAACCGGCCCAUGUAUUACGAGCCAAGGAGGCGCCCGCCGCCCUCUUUGCCGGCCUUCUCGACCGGGCCUUGCGAGUCAACCUCACGGCCCACGCGGCGGCAAACAUGCUGUCGAACCCGGCAAACCGAGACCUGAUGUACGCGGAGUUCAUCUCUAUGAUUAACGUUCGCAAGAUUUCCGAGAGCAUACCGUCGCGGGGCAUGGACGACGUGGUGAAUGUGUUGCUGACGGAGAUGAGGCACCUGCUGGAUCCGGUGAAUGUCCCCUGGGAUAUUGAGUGUCUGACUGUUCACGGGGAUGUGCCUCCGCAAUCGAGGCAGUCGCAGGAAGCUGUUCAGGAUGACACGAGCGCUUCUAAUGUGUUGGAUCGGUGGGUUAACUUCCUGAGGUCUUUGCCGGCGAGGUUUCCGUAUGCGUCGGCGACGGAUGUUGUUUGGUGUGCGCAGCGGUUGGGGACGGCGCUGAUGAGGGAUUUGACGAUUGGGCAGGGGAAGAGCUUUGGGAGCUGGUGGGUGACGAAAUGCUGGCUGGAUGAGAUGGUGGAGUUUAUGGCUGAGCAAGGGGGGUUUAUGCAGCAGAGGGGGUCGGGGGGGUUGGGGGUUGGUUUGGUUGGGGAUGGGCGUGGGGGGCUGAGUGUGGCUAAACGGGGACAACAGCAGAAUAUUGGAGGAGGAGGGUCGAGGUAUAGCAGUGGGAGUGAUGAUUUUCAUCAUUUGGGGGGGAGGAAUGGUGGGGGGGAGCAUGAUGGGUUGUUGGGUGGGGGGCAGCCGGAUAGGGCUGUUUUUCCUAGUGGUCCCGGGACAGGAGUAGGGGGCCAGGGAGGGCAGCAGAAUCCGGAUGAUAGUGGGAUUGGGAUUAGGACGCCGGAUGAGGACUUGCCGGGGGAGAAGUUUGGGAGUCCGGUUGGGGGGGAGGGGGAUUUAUUUGGGGAGGGAGGGUUGGAUUUGUAG